CACCGGUUCAAGACGCUAAUUUCACAUUCCAACUCCCAAUUCCAAACCAGAGUUUGAGAGAGAGAGAGAGAGAAGUAUCAAUUGGCGGAGCUUCAAAGUUCAAACCCUUGAAUCACCGUACUUUCUGGGUUUUUCUGUACCAAAAUCACAUCUUUAGUUGCAAUCUAUGUUGUCGGAGCUCAGUUACUAAGUUAACGAGAGAUAGUGAUGUGCUGGAUCAUAUUAAUUGCUAAUUUUGCGGGUAUCAUUGCUUGAUCAUCAUCAAAUUCAAUGUCCAAGAUUAUGGAUCUAAAUGGUGUGAGUGACGAGACAUCUAACAGAAGGAUUUACGUUGGUAACAUUGAUCAUAGAAUUUCCGAGGCCACUCUCCUAAAGAUGUUCUCUCCAUAUGGAAAAAUUGAAUCUGAGGACUUCUUGUUGCACACCCGAGGACCAAAGCGAGGAGAACCACGUGGCUUUGCUUUUGUCCAAUAUAGCACCAAAGAGGAAGCUAGACUAGCCAAGGAGAAGAUGCACGGGAGGCUGGCUUGUGGACGACCUUUGGUUAUACGCCUUGCUAGUGAGAAAUCUGCUGCAGAAACAGCUGAAAAUUCAUCUAAAGUUGCCGGAGUUGUCAGCAGAUCAACCCAUUCCGGCAGCUCUUCUGGACAAAUGAGCCGAAGUGCAAAAAUUGCCGCAAUCAAAAACAAAUUGAAGCUAUUGGAAGAAGAUGGCAACAGAGCAAAGAAGCAAAAGCAGGUUGAGCACAUUUCAUCAUAGCUCUUUAACAUUGGUUUUUUUUUAUUUAUCUUCCACCGUUUCAGUUGGAGCGAUAAUAGCAGCAUUUAUGUGCUCUGCUCAGUUGAUGAUUAUGACAGUGUGACGGUGUUUAUGCACCUUGCCGUUUCUAUUGGUAAAUUAGAAAUUGUUUUGGUGAAUUCUUACUUGCAUUUGCGUGGCGAGCACAUGUAUCGGCCAGACACUUAAAAAUGGGCCGGGUCCAACCGGGUCGGGCCGGGUCCUGGACCCUUGCCCAUCCCUAUGUAUCGUGCAUUAUAUACAUCCUUUAAGUGGGAAUGAAUGCUCUAAUGCUAGAAAUCAAGUUUUAUGAAAGAUUUGGUUUGCAA